AUGCCUCUCUCCUAUCAACUCGACUUUGAGCUCCAUCUUAAGCUGGUCUUUUUGCCACUGACUGGCCACUCUGUAGACUCUGUGAUGCCUUCCUCGAGUGUUGCACGCAUUCCUCAUGCUAUUGCUGGCAGCCCGGUGGCGAUUUCGGACCAACCACCAACCUGGCUACUUGUUUGUCGCAAUGUGACAAUUUUUAACUUGGCUCGUACCAUUAGUCUCGUCAUCGACCCCGCUAAACUACCAAGCCAAUCACCAAACGACCAAAUUGGGGUUAUCAUAGGUUUUAUCGACCUCAGCCAGCCACAUCUUGGUCCAUUGGUACGUGUCCCAGUCGUCAUCGAGCGAGCCGAACAGUAA